GGGGCUAGUCUGCCACGCUUGAUCGUGCCCUAAGUCCUCCCCCCGCACCAGCGAUUGGCUGGGUGGACGCACAUGGGGGGAAAGUUUGAAUAAAAUACAAGAGCAUGGCACAAGUGUUGUUGUUCAAGCUUGUGUGCUUGAUCCAGAGGCACUCCAGUCCGUCUUGUAAAACAGAGGUGUGACCGCUGUCUGAGACGCAUCAGUUCCAGAAAGUUUAGUGGAUGACUUGUUGGUCUCUUAGGACUAUUUGCUUUUAGGUUAUUUUAAAUUUGACAUCUUAGGAGCUUGAUAAGCUCCGUCGAAUCCGUGCGUGACAGCCGUCGAUUUACUCAGGAAAGUUGCGCGCAUCGCUCCGUCCGUGUUGUAUUUGUUGAAACAUCUGAGAUGAAAGCCGCCAGAAUGGUCCCAUCACUGCUCCUGGUACUGUUUCUGCUGGUGCUGAUGCAGUCCGGUGCUCUGUGCGCGCGGAGGUUCCGGGGCGGCCGCAACCCGCAGCCUCGCCGCUCGCCGCCUCCUCCCACGCACCGGGCGGACAGGGGCGAUACCACGGAGAGCUUCCCUCUGGACUUCACUGCAGUGGAGGAGAACAUGGAUAACUUCAUGACGCAGGUGAAGAACCUCGCGCAGUCCCUGUACCCGUGCUCGGCACAGAAGCUUGACCACGACAUGAAGCUGAACUUUCUGGUGAACACGUCAGUCACCUGCAACGACGGGAGUCCCGCCGGGUACUACCUGAAAGAGUCUCGGGGCAGCAGACGCUGGUUGAUAUUCCUUGAAGGCGGCUGGUACUGCUUUAACAAGGAGAACUGCGACAGCCGAUACGAGACCAUGAGGCGGUUUAUGAGCUCUUCCAAGUGGCCCCAAACUAAAAGAGGCACGGGGAUCCUGUCUCCACUGCCUGAGGAAAACCCUCACUGGUGGAACGCAAACAUGGUGUUCAUUCCCUACUGCUCCAGUGACGUGUGGAGUGGUGUUACUCCUAAGACAGAGCAGAAUGGAUAUGCUUUCAUGGGCUCCUUGAUUAUCCAGGAAGUUGUAAAAAAUCUUCUGGGCAAAGGUUUAGACAAUGCCAGGGUCCUUCUGUUAGCAGGAAGCAGUGCUGGUGGCACGGGGGUUCUUCUGAAUGUGGAUCGUGUAGCUGAGCUCCUGGAGGGGAUGGGCUACGCUGGGAUACAGGUGCGAGGCCUGUCCGACUCGGGUUGGUUCCUGGACAACAAGCAGUACCACUGCACGGACUGUGUGGACACAAUCGGUUGCACGCCCACAGAGACUAUCAAGAGAGGAAUCAAGUACUGGGGAAGUGUGGUGCCUGAUAGGUGCAGGCAAAGCCAUGAAGGAGAGGAGUGGAAUUGUUUCUUUGGAUACAGAGUCUUCCCAUCAAUUAAAAGUCCCGUGUUUGUGGUCCAGUGGCUGUUUGAUGAGGCUCAGUUGACAGUGGACAACAUCCAGCUAACAGGUCAACCUGUGCAGGAAGGCCAGUGGCGCUACAUCCAGAACCUGGGCAUUGAGCUGAGGAACACACUCAAAGAUGUCCCGGCUAUGUUUGCUCCAGCAUGUUUAUCACAUGAAGUUAUCACCAGAAACUACUGGAUCGACGUGCAAGUCAAAGGGACCUCUUUGCCCAGAGCCCUUCACUGCUGGGACCGCAGCCUCCAUGACAGCAGGAACAACAAGCCACCGCCCAAAGCUUGUCCUGUGCAUCUGAUUGACAACUGCCCCUGGCCUCACUGCAAUCCCACCUGCCCGACCAUCCGGGACCAAUUCACAGGGCAAGAGAUGAGCGUCGUGCAGUUUCUCAUGCACAUGGGCUUCGAUGUGCAGAAGAUGGCCCAGCAGCAAGGCAUGGACCCGAGCAAACUACUGGGCAUGCUCAGCAGUGGCAGCUAAAAGGGACACACCGUCCAGUUUUAAGCUAGAACCAAGCAGGACUGGAUGAUCCUUCUGGCCUGUCUCCCAUAACUGAUACCUCUGCUCACCCUCCUCACUGCAGUUCCCCUUCUGUUGCUUUCAGACCUCCUUCCAUCCCAGGUGCUUCAGUUUGACCCUGAAGUCAGGUCUAACACACCAGGCUCCACCAUAACCAGGCAACACGUCUUGCUAUCAGAAAUGCUACAAUAAAUUAUAUUUUAUUUUUUAAAAAGGAAAAAAGAAAAACAACAAUAAUAUGAAUGUAAUCCAGUUUUAAAGAUGCUAUCUGACUUUAUGUCUUGAGUGCUGUCAUCCUUUUGUACUGAAUAGAUGUAGUGAACGCAUUAAUGGUACAACAAAUGCUGUUUUAUAUUUUAGGUAGUCGAUAGUGUUGAUAAUAGAAAAAAAAUCCUAUUACCUCUUGUGUAUUAGAGAUGUAUUUCUAUAGUUUCUAAUAGAAAAACACAUCGGGUCAUGUGUUUAGCAGAAACAGUGUAAAACGAUAUAGAAAAGCACAGUCAGUAAAGCUCUUAAAAGUAAAAAGAAAGUAAGUUGCCUUUAUUUUAUUUAAUGAAAAUAAGUUGUCAGAUAGCACCUGCACUAAAUAUUGCGAUGAUUAUGAAAAUAAGCAAAGCUGGAAUUUUGCAUGAGCUUGAUUGAGACUUUUACGAUAUGAUCACGUUUUAGCAAAAAGGUAUAUCAUGAUCAAAUUGAUUUGAAUUUAAACAAGAAGCAACAUUUAUUUCAAUUGCUGCUAAAAUUAUCUAACAUGAUCAUUAUUACAGUUUUCAUAGCUAAAUCUAUUAAAUUUGUUUAUAGAAGUUAUUUUGACUGAUACAUUGACCCAAGCAAAAACACAGAGUAACUCUAGAGAAAUCAGUUACAAAGGAUGAAUGUCCUCUCCCAUUUCCCAUUGAAAUAUAUUUUUUAUAAAUAAUAGAACACCACUGACACAGGAUAAGAGGUUUUUCAGUAUGAUAACCUGAAAAAAUAAAUGACUGGUUAGUCAUUUCAGGUUUCUGCUCAGGUGGCUAGCUUGUAGUCAGCUGCCUUCAGUCAUGCUGCUCUUCAGUUGCCAACUAUAGUGUUAAAACAAUGCCACCUUAAUCAAAAGUGAUGGGUGAUGCUCCUUUUUAUUUACACAGCAUGACUGUCUGUGAUUUUUGCAACCAAUCUGUUUUCUCCAAUCUCCAAACAGUCAGAGAAAUCUUCAACCACAUGCCACCGACCCUGGCAUGUCAUUUAAAAGACCUUAAGCUGUAGGAACUUUAUAAUGAAACAUUUUGGUGAUUUUGAAACUAUAUUUUUAUAAAACAUUGAUAUACCUUGAUACCUGAAACUGGUCUACACCUAGUUGAAAUCGGACAUGCGAAUUUUUGCAGCUGAAGUCAUAAAAACAUAUUGUAGUUCUAAUCGUACUCUGAAAUGGUGCUAAGGUGGACCUGGAAACAAGUCACAAACAGCUACACAUACAUAUUAUAGUGCCAUUGCAUCCAUACCUCUUUCUUACGGACUGUGUCAUCAUCACAGGACACACACUUAUGUCAGGUCAACUCCCUACAGCUCAACAGUCAUCAAACUCAAUGCACGAUGAACAUUUAAAGGGAGACAAAUGUUGUGUAUUGUAUAUUUUAUGAGUAUUUGUAUAGAUUAUUUGGAAGUGUUCACCAUUGUAACUCCCUUCUUUUAUUUCAUCAUAGAGAUCACAUUUUAAUAUAAUGACAUUGUUUGUAUGUAAUGAUGACUUUAUAAAAUAUGCUUGUAAAGGACCUCUAUUUUUCAUCACACCGGAAGAAAGGAGAAGUAUUACUAAUUGUAAUUUUAUUCUGUAACAUAUUUUUUAACAAAAAAGUAACUCAAGCUACAUUGGUAACUUUUACAUAUUUAUUUUGUUAUGUAAAUCAUAUUUAUAAGUGCUAUUGUUUUUUUUUUUUUACAGAGAAGUGAUUCUUUGUAAAUUGUAAAUACAUUGCUGUUCUUUGCUUUGUGCUGAUUGCAUGUCUUUGUAUCACACCCAAAAAGGAAGACAUUACAUAUACUAUAAGGUGAACAUU